GGAAGUAUUCCAAAUAGUAUCGGGCAACUAGCUAAGUUAGAGAGCAUAGAUCUUUCCAGUAAUCAAUUGGGAAUGGGAUUUCCCAAAUGGCUUCUAUUGCAAAAUACAACAACCAUGGUUGAUCUCCCUAAUGCUAGCAUCUCAGGUCCUCUUCCAGAAAACAUUGAUCAUAUGAUGCCAAUGUUGCGAGAAUUAUAUCUUAAAAAUAACCUCAUGAACGGUUCAAUUCCAAAGUCGCUAUGCAAUUCAAAAUUUUUGGAAGCUCUUGAUCUCUCAAACAAUAUGUUUUCCGGAAGUAUUCCCAAUUGUUGGAGAAAGAAUCAAUCAUUCAAUUUUAUUGAUCUAUCUUCUAACAAUCUCUCGGGUUUGUUUCCGAGCACAAUGGGGCUACUUUCUUAUUUAUUGGUACUGCACUUGAACAACAAUAGUCUCAAUGGGGAACUACAUAUGGCCUUGAAAAGCUUCACUUCUUUACUGGUUUUGGAUUUGGGUGAAAAUAAAUUUUUCGGAAAUUUAACAAGCAUUGUAGGAGGCGAGAUCAGCAACCAUUCUUUAAAAAUGCUUCGACUACGAAAAAAUUUGGUCUCUGGUUAUAUUCCUUUGGAACUAUGCUUUUUCUCUCGAUUGCAAAUUUUGGAUCUUGCGGAUAACAAUUUGACAGGAAGGAUUCCUCCUUGUUUUGGAAAGUUUCCAAUUAUGGUGAAUGCAACACAAUUGAUGAAACACAUUAUUGAUGAUUAUUGGUCUUGGGCACAUUUGAAGGAGGUUGUGAAAGGGAGAUACCUUGAGUAUACAAGAAAAACCCUAGGACUCGAGAGUAGUAUAGAUCUUUCGAGUAACAAUCUAAUAGGAUCCAUACCAAAUGAGCUAAUUUUCCUUAAGGAUUUGCACAUUUUGAAUUUAUCUUGGAAUCAUCUCUCAGGAAAGAUCCCUGAGAAAAUUGGACAAAUGGAGAAUUUGGAAUCUCUCGAUUUCUCCCAAAAUGGCCUCUCAGGAACAAUCCCGAAUAGUAUGUCAAGUUUAACCAAGUUAAGCCACCUCAACUUGUCAGGGCCAAUUCCAACAGGCUAUCAGCUCCAAACACUUGAAGAUCCAACCAUUUACGUCAGUAAUCCUCAACUUUGUGGAGCUCCACUCUUGAAGAAAUGCUCAAAUGAUGUGCUACCUCCACCAAUUGACAACUUGAAUGACAACGAUGAAGGUGCACUUACAAGAAUGUGGUUUUACAUCAUUGUCAUGUUAGGCUUUGCAACUGGAUUCUAGGGAGUUGUGGGAACUCUAAUUUUUGUAAAAACUUGGAGAUAUGCUUAUUUUCGAUGGGUGGAUGAUGUCCAACAUUGGAUCCUUGUGGUUAUAACAUUGAAGGUGGCAAGAGUUAAGAAGAUGUUCAAUGGCAACCCAGAUGAUCAGUGAGUAAUAUAUGAAGUAUGUUGUU